AAUAUUGAAAGCGAAAAUAGAAUGAAGUUAUCGCGCUUCGCUUCUGGUACUAAUAUAAAUUAAAGAUUUCUUUAGAGUUUAUAAAUGUAUAUAAUUAAUGAGAAAAUAUUAAUAAUGAAUUUUUGUUUCAUAUUGCACGUAAGUAUAAAUUAUAAUUAAGACAUAAUUAUCGGUGCAACACCAUUAUAUGAUCGAUAUAAAUGCUUCAAUGUCUCGUGAAAUCUCGUAAGAAGUUUAUAUUGUAUAUGUGAGCCAUAUGUAUCGCUCAAUCAAUUAUAAAUAUCAACGAUGAUAUAUGCAAGCUUCCGAUCAGAAGAAAAUAAUCCUUAAGCAAUAUGCGUAAUUAUAUUGUCGCACGGUGAGCAUUUUCAUUAUUGCGUCCGAUGAAUCUUUUUUUUUCGUCAGGAAAUCAUGCGAGUGUUAUUAGCGGUUGCGUUGCUUUUCGUGGCGGGAUCCUUCAUCGUAGCGGCAUCGAAGGGACGCGAUUAUCCCCGUUUCUUCAAGCAACGGACGAAGUUGAGAGAGAUCCGCGGCUUUAAGCCGGAAUAUAUUUCCACAGCGAUCGGGUUCGGGAAAAGAGAAGAUUCGAUCGAGAGGACUUCGGAUCUUCGUGGGCGCGAGAGAAUUCUAUUGUCGCUUCUGAGAAACUUUCCGCGUGGUGUGUCCGCGGAAGUGCUAUUUCAAAUGAUGCAAACAAAUCCUGCAUUGGCCGACAAAUUGAUGAUGCAAAACAACCGAGAUAACCGAGAUGACCGAGACGAAGAGUCGAUAAUGGAUCAUUCGAAGCCUGAUAGAAUAUUCGCGCUAAUUUAAUCCUUUGUCUUCGGAAAUGUAUUCGGAAAAGUUUUAGAGAGAAACACUCAUUCUCCCGUAUUAGAUAAAGCGUUUUAUUUGAUAUCUUGCAAAAGGUUCUGAUUUAUUUUUUUUCGUAUAUGCAGGUAGUACUAUGUAGAUGCUCUAUUUCUUUCCGUAUAUAAUCUUUUUUCUCGACAAAAAUUUUCACGAUGUCAAGAAGCGGCAAACAAAAGAUGCAUUUUUUCACCCGCAGCAACAUACAAUCGAAUUAACUUUGUCGUAAAACAAUAUUUGCAUUAUAUGUAUAUAUAUCGAGAAAUGUAUGUAAUUAUUUUUCUGUUUAUAAGAAUAUAUAAAAUUAAAGAGAA